UAGAACCGCCAUAAGAUGUUCAUAUCUCGAUAAUUUUCUUUUGGAGACGAAAAUGUGAUCUCUAUUCGUUUAUGACUCCUAUAGAUAUAGAUAUCUCACAAUGGCGCUGUUCAGUCCAAAACAGAUCCUGAACACGUCAUGGUCAGUCCAUCGGCUUUCGCCGCUACAUCACGGCAAGGAGUUUCCGACGCUCCUUGAUAAUGCGACUGCUCUACAGACUUACGCGGACCGACUGAAGGAAACACUCACUGGAGACGUACUCCGUGGCGUCCAAGUCGGCGUCAGUGCCGCGGCAGCGGGCUAUGAUGACGCGCUUCUAAAAGCAGGACCAUUACAACAAUGCGCUUGGCGAGUCAUGCCGACUUGGUCUCAUUUCAGAGAAGAAGAUGAGUCCUUACUGGACGAUCCGGAAAACAUACAGCCAUCUGUCCCGCCUGAAAAUGCCUUUGGGAUAUUGAUGAUAUUGGAAUAUGAGAAUAUCGUCUACAAGGCGGCACUCCUGGCCGGUCCGGAUGGCUAUCAUGAUGACCGAAAAGGGUCGACGUACUUACCAGUACUGCUUACACGUCUACCGAACUCGCUCAGACAGACGCUUAUUUCAUUUCUGGCAACGAAUUUCGAUACUUACUGUACUGUGUUACGACUUCCCUCGAGUUUCCUGUGCACGGCCUUGGAGACGUAUAUUUCUGUAUUGUCUCCGACGCGCAGCAGAUCUCGACCCUCUUCCUCUGACAGCAUUCUUGAGGAAGUGUUGAAAGAGACGCAGCUGACGCUCUCUUUCUCAUCACACGUCGCGCCGAAUCUGAGGACUCUCGACUUGAAUCUGCCUCGAGCCACCGUCUCUACAUUCGUUGCUGAAGGACUAAAGAAUGUAAAGAAAGUCAAGAGUGGCCCGAGCCAACAGAGGCCAUUCUUGAGUUCAUUAUGUGCAUAUAUCGAUAAGCACCUCGCAAUGAAACUCAGUCUAGACGACCAGUCCGCCGAAAAAGGCCCUAGCGACUACGUGAAAUUGACCAAAGUUGCAUGCGGCGCCUUCGUCCUUGGCGCAGAGGGAAGAAUGAAACUGGUGGCCGAUCAUGGUUAUCCGGAUUCGAGAACAGAGGAUGACGAUCCGGAAGAAAUGAAAAACCGAUUGCUGUUACGAGCAAAUGAGGAGAUUCUGCGCGCUCUAGUCCGCAGGGCCAUCCCAGAACAUAAGAAGCAGAAUUAGGGAUAAUAGCCCAGACAACCUUUUUCUCAAGGUCAUGGCUUAGAUGGCGAGGUCAUGCGGAGUUUAUGUGUGUAUAGCGUAAUACCCUUUUACUACAUAUCGAAUUCGAUAAUGCGUGUUUCUUAAGUAUUAAACAGUCUGAAAUUAGCUCUAUUAAGUAUGCAGACUGCGUAUGUUGUCACGGAUUCUCUCUCACUCCUUUCUGGCUGGCAAAGAAAAGACCUGG